AUGUCCUCGUCUACCCACUUCCCCGACGCCGAGGGCUUCCAAACACAGUCUGACAACUUCAUAUCAUGGCUCCAAGCCAGCUCGGGUGUACAACUCAAUCAUAAAUUGAGACUGGCAGAUCUCCGGGCCAGCGGAGCAGGACGAGGUGUCGUGGCACAGGAAAACAUCCCCGAAGGUGAAGAACUAUUUUCCAUCCCCCGUGCUAUGGUGCUCGCCGUCCAAAAUUCCGAGUUGAAGACCCUGCUGGGUCAAGAUCUAGAGCAGCUCGGUCCAUGGCUGUCUUUGAUGCUGGUCAUGUUGUACGAGUACCUCCAGGGCGAAAAGUCCCGGUGGGCCCCAUACUUCAAGGUCUUGCCCUCUCGUUUCGAUAGUCUGAUGUUUUGGUCAUCUGCCGAACUGCAGGAGCUGCAGGCAAGCACCAUCGUUGAGAAAAUCGGCCGAGAAGGCGCUGAAGAGUCCAUCAUGGAAUCGAUCGCUCCGAUCGUGAGGGGAAACCCUGCUCUCUUCCCACCGGCCCCUGGUCUGUCAUCUUAUGAUGGUGACGCCGGUGCCGCUGCUUUGAUUGAGCUGGCCCAUGUGAUGGGGUCCCUCAUCAUGGCCUAUGCCUUCGAUAUCGAAAAGUCCGAGGACGAUGAUGAUGAGGGAGACGCAAAUGACGAAAGUUACAUGACCGACGAUGAGGAUGAACAAUUGCCCAAAGGCAUGAUCCCUCUCGCCGACCUCCUUAAUGCUGAUGCAGACCGCAACAACGCCCGUCUCUACCAAGAAGAAGGCGCUCUUGUCAUGAAGGCCAUCAAGCCCAUUCAACAAGGUGAAGAGAUCUUCAACGACUAUGGAGAAAUCCCGCGCGCUGAUCUCCUCCGCCGAUACGGCUACGUGACUGACAACUACGCUGUCUAUGACGUUGUCGAGCUAUCGCUGGAGAGCAUCUGCCAAGCCGCAGGUCUUUCAAACAGCGAUGUCGAAUCUCAGCCCCGUCUCGAGUUCCUUGCAGAACUCGAUAUCCUUGAUGACGGCUAUGUGAUCCCCAGACCCGUCGAAGCAGACACCACUCUGGUAGACAUUCUACCAGCCGAGCUGGUCGUUCUGCUAUCUACCCUUGCUCUUCCUGAAGAAGAGUUCAAGCAGCGCCAGUCCAAGAACAAGGCACCCAAGCCGGCUCUUGAAGCUAACCAGGCUGCCAUUUUGGUCAAGGCUUUGCAAACGCAACAGGCUCAAUAUGCUACCACCCUGGCACAAGAUAUCCAGCUUGCCAGCUCGCUGCCUCCAUUGGACCCAUUGGAUGUGUCAUCUCGGCGCGCGAGAAUGGCCCUUCAGGUUCGCGUUGGUGAGAAGCAGGUUAUCCAAACUACCCUGGGCAUGCUGGAGCCCGCUGCGACGGGCUCACUAAAGCGUUCUGCUGGCGAUGACGGUGAGUCGCGACAGUCCAAGACUCAACGAGUUUGA